CAUUUAUAUGCAAUAGCCUUAAACAAAUAAUAGAAGUCAAGAGGAAUUGAUUAGGGUAGCUUCAAUAAUUUUCCCAGCUCCUCCAAAUAAAUAUGAUUAUUCACUUCUUUAAGCAAUAUAAUAUGCUUAAAUAGAAUAAUCUAAUAAAGUUCCAUUUUAUCUUUUAUAAAAUGAAGAUAAAACAAUAAAUAAUUACAUUCUUUAUUUUCAUGGAAAUGGUGAAGAUCUGUAUUAAAUAAAUUAUUUUUUUAAGAUAAAGUUCAUUCUAUAUGAUGAAAUCUUGUGUUUAACAAUUAAAAGCCCAUUUUAUUUUAGUUGAGUAUCCAGGUUAUGGUGUAUAUAAUAAUACAAUUACAACGACUGAAUAAAUUUAAAUGGAUGCUUUGAUAGUUUAUGAUUAUGUAAAAUAAAAGUAUUCUGUAAAUGAUAAUUAAAUAUAUGUAUUUGGAAGGUAAUCAAUUAUAUUUUAUAAAGAUCAAUUGGGACUGGCCCUGCUAUUUAUAUUGGUGCUCACAGAAAUUGUGCUGGUUUAAUUAUGUUUUGUGCUUAUACAACCCUUUUAAAAUUGGUUUAACAAAUAAUACCUAAAAAGGCAAUAUAUUUAUAAAAUGAAAACAAUUUGAAUAAUGAGGAGAAUUCUUAAAAAUUAUAAUGCAAAUGUUUAUUUAUUCAAGGAAGACUUGAUACUCUAACUCCCUUAUAGCCUAUUGAAUUAUUAUAUAACAAGUAUAUAUUUAUCAUAUAAAGUUUACCUGCUCAUAUCAAAGAUAAAUCAUAUUUGUAAAUUUAAGAACAAAUGACUCAUAAUUUUUUUAGCAUUUAAACAGAUAUAAUUGAUUAAAUAAUUAAAUUUUAUCCAGAGUUAAAAAUGAAUAACCCAAUAAGUGUAAAUGAGGGAUUUAAUUGA